GCGAUUCAUUGAUCUUCUCUCUUUCUUCAGAAGCCGCGUCAGCAGCAGCAGCUGUGUCAGCUACAGUAUGAGUGAUCCGCGCUUCCCUGUCGAUGUCCGUCUUAUCGGCGUGAUGAGGAAAGAGAAGAGCAAAAUGUACAUGACAUCCGUGUUAUGGUCUGACAAGAGCGAGGUGAUAGUGUACAGAUCUCUCCAGGACUUUAAGAGGCUUCAUAGGCAGUUGAAAAAGAAAUUUCUUGUGGAUAAACCAGGCAAAGAGGAUAGAGUGCUCCCUCAUUUUGGAGCCCGAAACACAAAGAGAAUCUUUCCGCUGAAGGGUCUGAUCAAGUCUGUGCAUCAACUGAGCGGUCUGGAGAAGUACUGCUCCAGUCUGUUGCGGUGUGACUCUGCUGUAUCACAUUCCUCUGAGGUCAUUCAGUUCUUGCUGCCAAAUGAGCAAGAGCUUCAGCCAGAGUUUACCCAAAAUAGUGUGAUGAUUCUGCAAUCUGACAACAUCCCCACUGUCAUGCGAGGACCUAAUAUGGCAAAUAAAUGUCUGAGCAUUGGCAAUGUGACCCACCCUUUUGUAUCCAAGACAUAUCGAUGUGUUGCUCCAUAUGAGACUAAGGAUACAAAGAACAAACCCUUUAAGGUUGCUGUGGAUGAAAGACUGGAUGUGCUCAUCAAAGACCAAGCAGGUUGGUGGCUUGUUGAGAAUGAGGAUAAACGUCUGGCUUGGUUUCCUGCUCCCUACUUGGGUCUAUGUGAUGAGGAAGAAGAUGAGGAUGAGUUAGACUCAGCUACUGUUGAAAUGCCUCUGUACUGUGCCACAAGAGGUUACACAUCCAAAAAAGAGGACGAGCUGUCCCUGAGCAUUGGCGCUGUUGUGGAGGUGUUACAAAAGUCUUUGAAUGGCUGGUGGCUUGUCAGAUAUAACAAUAAGGCAGGCUAUGUGCCCUCCAUGUUCCUAACGCCAUACAGCAGCCCCACAUUUGGCUUUCAAAAUCUCCAGAGGAAACUUAACAGCCAAUCAACAAUCAACCUGUCCGCCAGCAACUCCUUCAAGCAGGAUGCAAACUCCACUGAGCCUCAGGUCAACUCACAAUACAGAAUGAAUAGAUUCCAUAAAUCCCACUCUCUGGAAAUGCUGUUAGAGCCGCAGAGCCAGUACAGUGCUCCAGAGGAUGAAGAGCAUGAGGAGUCUGACAGCCUCAAGAACAGCUUCAGCAAUGAUUCAACUGACUUUAGCUUCAGUUCCUCGGACACUGACUCUAUGAGCCCAAGCAUGUCCAGCUCAGAUGGAGAAGAGGGCAUGAGACAUCAUGGUAAAGAGCCAGAUGGCAACGAAAGUGGUAUUUCCAGUGGCCAGUCCAGCCCCACCAGCUCAGAAACUGGUGACCCUAUUAAAGCAGCCACAUGCCCUAGGAUACCACCCAGACCACAAACGCAAGAGAUCCUCAGUCGCUGCACGACCUACACCCGUAAAGCUGCUCUGGCAACCACUGUGCGAUUGUUCCCUGAAAGAGCAUGACUGGUAGAUAGUGGUAGAGCACAGAAGGCGUGUGAGAGAGUUCAUUGAAAAAUAAACGUAUGGUAACUUGCAUGACAUUAAAUAACUGUUUCAUUAUAAGUUCUAUUGUUCUAUUUUUUUUUCAUGGUUUUGUUAAGAGUACUGACAUGAUGAAAAACUGUAGCCUCAAGUGAUUGAGAAAACAAUAUUAACCUGGGUUCAUUGUAUACUCUUUUUAUUGGCCCUUGUUACUUUUGUGAGACUACAUCAAUCAAAUAUUAAAUAGCUCGAUUUAAGAAAGGCAGUUACUGUAUGUAUUUACAAGAUUUGAAUUCAAUAAUACUGUGGUUUCAGUUGUAUAUUUUCAAGUUUAUAUUCAGACUUUGUUUCAGUAAGUUUACAUUCAGUCGUCUUUUUUAUUAUGUCCUUAAGUUAAUGGUAUUCCAUACUGGAAAGUUUUUGUUUGACCUUUUGCUUUUAAGCCUGAAUGUGUUUCAAUAAAUUUUUCUAACUGCACCAAU